CCGCCAUUUUGCAGGAAGAAGAGCAGCUCAAGCCGCAGUGCUGCUUUUAUUGCUGAAACUCUGGGAAGUAGCUGGGCUUCGCGCCCCACACUCCCAAAGGAACGGAAAGAACUGGGACUCCUCCCUGCGGGGGCCCAGAGCUGCUCUGACACGAUGGCAUCUGAUGACUUUGAUAUAGUAAUUGAGGCCAUGCUGGAGGCUCCCUAUAAAAAAGAGGAGGAUGAGCAGCAAAGAAAAGAGGUUAAAAAGGACAGCCCUAGCAAUACCAGCAACAGCACCAGCAGCAGUGGCAACAAUGGCAGUGGGACUAGUGGGAGCAGCACCAGUGUGGAGACAAGCAAUCGAAGUCGAGACCAUGAUCGACACAGACGGAGAAAUAGUCGGAGCCGAAGUCGGGAUCGGCAACGUCGUCAUCGCAGCCGUAGCUGGGAUCGUCGACGUAGUAGUGAGUCACGAAGUUGGGACCGGCGUCAUGAGGAUCGUGUGCACUACAGGAGUCCACCACUUGCCACUGGGCAUAGGUAUGGACAAAGCAAGAGUCCUCAUUUCAGAGAGAAAAGCCCAGUUAGGGAGCCUGUUGAUAAUCUGAGUCCUGAGGAGCGUGAUGCCCGCACAGUUUUUUGUAUGCAGUUGGCUGCCCGCAUUCGGCCUCGAGACCUGGAGGACUUCUUCUCUGCUGUUGGCAAGGUUCGUGAUGUGCGUAUCAUCUCAGAUCGGAACUCACGUCGUUCUAAGGGUAUUGCCUAUGUGGAGUUCUGUGAAAUCCAGUCUGUGCCACUGGCCAUUGGGUUGACUGGGCAACGGCUGCUGGGAGUACCUAUCAUUGUGCAAGCCUCACAGGCUGAGAAAAACCGACUGGCAGCCAUGGCCAACAAUCUGCAGAAAGGCAGUGGUGGGCCAAUGCACCUCUAUGUGGGCUCCCUACACUUCAAUAUCACCGGGGACAUGCUCCGGGGCAUCUUUGAGCCCUUUGGCAAAAUUGAUAAUAUUGUUUUGAUGAAGGACUCAAAUACAGGCCGCUCUAAAGGUUAUGGUUUCAUUACGUUCUCUGACUCCGAGUGUGCCCGGCGGGCUCUGGAACAGUUAAAUGGCUUUGAGCUUGCUGGUCGACCUAUGAGGGUUGGCCAUGUUACUGAGCGACUGGAUGGUGGCACAGACAUCACUUUUCCUGAUGGGGACCAGGAGCUGGAUCUGGGAUCAGCAGGUGGACGUUUGCAGCUCAUGACCAAACUGGCAGAAGGCUCUGGAAUCCAGCUGCCGACCACAGCUGCUAGUGCUGCUGCUGCUGCCCGGGCUCUACAACUGAAUGGAGCAGUUCCCUUAGGGGCUCUGAACCCAGCAGCUCUGACUGCUCUGAAUCCAGCACUGAACUUUGCCUCCCAGGCAGUCGCCUCACAGUGCUUCCAGCUCUCCAGCCUCUUUACCCCCCCGACCAUGUGA